AUGUGUUUGGGAGGCGCCGCGAGCUCCGAUGAGCCCCAGGUCGCAACGGAGCUCACCUUCCGGCGCUGCUUGCGCUACCCGGUUCCCCGGCAGGCUGUGGGGAGCUCUCCUGCGGCGGUGGAGCCGAAGGUCAAGGAGGAUGCCGAGACGGUGGUCGAGCAGGCUGAGGUGACGACAUCUUCGGAUGCACCGCAGAGCAAGCAGACUGCGGAGGCUUUCGGUGUGGAGCCGAGCCAGGCUGAGCCGGUCCAGGAGACCGCGCAGGAGACCGCGGCGCUUGCGUUGGGUGUAAUCCCUUGA